CGUUUGUCUGAUGAAGGAUGCCGACUCUUCUUAUAUUUCGUGGAUGAAAUCCCCAGUCGACGGAAACGACUACGGUCCGAAUAAAGUGCAACUCGGGUUGAGAAAUAAGCUUAGAUUUUGCUUGAUGCAUUAUCUUAAAUCCAAUGCAUCUUAAAUCCAUCCUGGAUGUUUGAAGGCUCUCCGAAAGUUGAUGCGUCUUGUAAACAAAAUGCCCGAUCUGGUUCGAUCCAACACGAGCCCAGGUGGCUGCUUCGCGAGGCUGAGCAAUGACAUCACAGCGACUCAAGGCGCAUCAAGCAAGGCAGAUGAUCCCAGUGACAGCUACUGUACAGCUACAGUUAGAGUACAGCUCUAUUUCCUGCAACUAUCCAACCUUAAGACACACUUUCUAGUAUCAUUUUCUAGAAUGCCUCGAAUAACGGACUAAACCUAUCUAAUGAACAGCGAUUCUUCCCUCAACCUCCUUACCUAAUAAUCGAAAUGCGGCCCCGUAUCCUACCAACCGCAAUCUCCACAUCAACAUCUAGAACUCUCUUGCGAUUCCACUUCCAACCACACAUCACAAGCACUUUUCGCAGCAGACCUCUCGAACGAUCACAACCACGACUAUAUUCUAGUCCACCUGCCUCUCUUCCUUCCCUCUCAAUCCGCACGUUCUCCACUUCCCGUCGACACUACUCUGAAGAAGACGCGACCAGCAAAGCCAAAGCUCUGAACCAGAAAGGACUAGACGAGCAAGAAGAUGGCUUCCAUAGACAGAUUGACGAUGCUAUUGGCAAGGCGAAAGAAUUACAGGCUCGGACACCCUGGCAUAGAGAGGGAAGCGAUACGCCGCCUGUGAAGAGGAAUAGGAGUGCCGGGGCAAUGACAAAGGGAAAACUCCUAACCACCCCCUCCCGCCUCCUCAAGCUCAUCCUCCCCCUCACAACGCAAGACAAAAACAGCGACCGCAAAUCCAUCGAGCCUCUAGCCCUGCUAGUUCAUCCACAACAACCCCUCUCCUACCUAGAACGCCUCAUCCAAUCCGAACUCCCUAUGAUCAAAGGCAAAGACGGCAAAGAGAAAGUAGCACAGGUGUAUUUCCGGGCAGAGGACAGUGCAAGGGGAGAGAUCAAAGCGGAUCCUAGCGAAGAGGAGGAGGAUGAGGACCUAGAGGACGACGAGGAUGGUGAUCUCAAGGGCAGGAAACAGCCCAAGGAAGAAGGAAGUGAUGAACAGAUGAUAGACGGGAAGCUCAUGAAAGUGGGCAAAAUAUCCUCCUCGUCAUCCUCCAGAAGCCAAUCCGAAUCCGAAUCCGAACCCCAAUCUCAAUCCCCAGAUAAAAACACUCUCUCAGAACCCAAAAAAUCCCCCUCCGAAAUAGAAAAUCAACUCCGCGGCGGCCCCGGUGAAGGCGGCGUAGAAAGCUACAGCGGCCAAGGUCGCGAAUCCUCUGACAGCUCGCAGCAAAAAUUCGUGCGGUGGUCCUCAUCCACCGAAAUCGGUGACUUUAUCCGCGACGCCGCACGCGGCAAGGAAUUCGCGGUGGAGAUCGAAGGCGCCAGUAGCGAGAUCCGGGUGGGUGUUCCUUCGUUCAACGAUCGCACACAUUACCUGCGAGUGCGGUUGAGGAAGACGAGCAGGAAGUUGGCGGAUAUGGCGAGUAUCAAGAAGGAGUGUGAUAAGCUUGCGCAUAGGAGCGCGCAGAGGCUUGCUAUGGGCGGGUUUGGGAUAUUGGUUGGGUGGUGGGGGGCGAUUUAUCAUUUUACGUUUCGGACGGAUUAUGGGUGGGAUACCAUGGAGCCUGUGACUUACCUCGCCGGCCUCUCCACCAUAAUCCUCGGCUACCUCUGGUUCCUGUACCACAACCGCGAAGUAUCAUACCGGGCCGCCCUGAAUCUAACCGUCUCCCGGCGUCAAAACACACUCUACACCGCUCGAGGGUUCGAACUUGCGAAAUGGGAAGCCAUGAUCGAAGAAGCGAACGCGUUGAGGAAAGAAAUCAAGAAUGUAGCUGACGAGUACGAUGUCGAAUGGGAUGAAAAGAAGGACGAGGCGAGCGAGGAGGUGCAUGAUGCGUUGAAGGAGGAGAGGAGGAAGGCUGGGGGGAAGGAGGAGGAUGGUGAGGAUGGGGAUGAUGGGGAUAGUGGGAAGAGGACGAAGAAGGAGAAGGAAAGGAUGAAGGAAAGGAGUAAGGAGAAGGAGAAGAGUAAGGGGGGCGAGAAGGAUUGA